AUGCGUUCUUCUUCUGCUUUUUUCGUUUUAGUGGCAAUGCUGGGCCAUCCCCAUUCCUUUACGACGAAUGCAUUUUUGGCCAAGCCACGCCAGAGACCAUCCGGCAGCACUAGUCUAUUCUAUGAAAGCCAAGGCUACAACAACGGCGGAGAUUCGUUUGAUGAUGUGGAACGAGCUCGCAAGCAGCUGGAAGGAAUCUUUUCCGAGAGCGACUCAGCUAAUAAGAGCGGCACUGACAACAAUAAUGACAACAACAACGACAAAGCCAUUCCCGUCAAAAAAUUGAUUGCCCUCUUGACCAAUCCAGCCAAUAACGACAAACUGGAAAGCAUGCUGCCUCCGCCUCCCCCCUUGACGUCUGCCGAACGAGAUCGUCGCAUGAUGGAGCUAAAACUCCUGGAACAAUUGGCAUCUUGCGACGAUGCUACGCGGGAACUGUUGGAUCUCUGGGCCGCCGAAAAGGGCCUAGAGGCAUUGGAGCGUUUGGAACAAGCCGAAGAAUUCUUGACGGCGGGACAAGUGAUUGCCAGCGAACAAAUGCUGCUUCGAUUGAUUGACGAGUUUGGCGUGUACCACUGGGUGGAACCAUUGAAUCGAUUGGCGUCCGUGUACUUUACGCAAGGUCGUUUCCAGGAGUCCUACCAACUCUGUCUGGCAGUGUUGAAAUUCAAGCCGUGGCAUGUGGGGACAUUGGAGAUUAUUGUAGAAGUUGCCAUGCGAUUGGGAGACCGCGACAAGGCACGGGAAUGGGCCACUCGGGGAUUGCCCAAACUGAUUUCGUCGACUUCGUUUCCCCCCUUUGCCGAAACUGGUCCUGCGAAUCCCCAACGAGCAGUCUGGGUGCAUGAAGCCAUUCAGAAAGCGCAAGAAGCCUUGUCGCAUUUGGAGUAUCAGACCAAGCGUGACUUCUUUGGGAAUCCGGAAGCCCGGUACGAUGGCGAGGCGUACGGUGGUAGUAGAAUGAAGCAAGAAAAGACAAAGAAGAAUGCUGCCGAGCAAUCCAAUAAUAACAAGGAGGAAACCGAAAGUGACAUAAUUGCAACCAAGACCAGCUUGAUGAAGAGUUUCAAUGCAGCAGAAGACGAUGAAGAAUCUGAAGACUUUGGAGAUGCAUGGCAAUAA